UCUUUCGAUUGCGCAGCAGGUCCAUCCAUCAUUGGUUCCUUCGCUUUCUCCCGAGCUACAACAGCGAGCACAUCCAAACCGAGCCACUCCACCGACGUCUUUCGCGACGUUCCACAUCCCAUCGGCGAGGCAUCCCACCGCAAUCAGUUUCACACAGCACAAUAGCACGGUCUCGAUCCAUCACUCCGACGAGGCCCGACACGACACGACACGACACGACACGAUCCAUUCGAACCAAAGCCGACGCAAUGAGGGGACCGCAGCCAACACGCCGGGAAGAACGCGAACGCGGUAGGGAAGCACCUCCCUCCCCACCAAACCGCAGGCGCCGCUUUCGGGGCUCGCAGCGGAGGGACGGAGCGCACGCACACGCACACGCGCACGCACACGUACACAAGCACAAGCACGGCGUCUGCUGGACCACGGCGCUGAUCGUGUGCGUGGCGACGCUCAACAGCAUCCAGACGAUCGAAUACGGGGAGUCCUUUGUCUUUCGGACGACCACGUUGGCGGGAACCCACCGCGAUCCGGAGCCGGCGCGCAAGCAGSGAAGGUGCCACGGCGAAACRCCGCGAUCCGUCCCCCUGGCGGCGUGUGGCGCCCUGGGAGCGGCACGGCGCGGGGAKGAUCCCUGGUCGUUGUCCUCCAGCACCACGAAGCAGCGGAGAGAGACCCAUCGAGGGAAGAAGUUGGGAGGACACCAAUCGGUUUCGGGCGCAAAGGRAGAGACAAAACCGCUGGCACCGACGCGAUCGGCGCAGUCCGUCGCGUCGAUUGCCGAUGCCUCGUACCAGCUAUUGGACCACGAGCUCCUGACCAAGGACGAAGAAUACGAGCUGGGUCUCAAGAUUCGAAAAUUCAUCGACACCAAGACCCAGAUCGAAGAAAUGAUGAAAAAGAAAAAAGAAGAAUACGAACGACGACAAGARGAAAACCAGCGUCGAAGGGAAAAAGCGGCCGAGGACCGACGGAGACGAAGGACGGAGAAGAUAACGAGAAUGGAAGACACCAUGGAGGAAUUAGAAGACGACGACGACGAAAACGACGACGAUCUUUCCAUGGAAGAAGAACUGGAAGAGUACCUGGUGACCAAGGGCCUCGUGUCUGGAAACAAAUUCGAUCGCAAGCGGUCCGAUUCUCGGUUGACCAGGCACCGAUCGUCCAUCGAAGAACUCUACGGGGUCUACGACGAUGACGACGACGACGAGGAAACCAUGAUGGAAGAACUGGGAAUGGCCAUUUAUGGGAUCGAAAACAUCGACGACGAUGGCCUUUCGGACGGUCUCACGGUAGUGGAAUCCAGAAACGAGUUUGAUUUCGACGGCAGCAACGGCAACAAUUACAACCACAACAACUACGACGACGAAGACGACUACGGAUUCGGCGWGGAGGACGAAUUCGAUUCGCURGCGGAAACCUCUGCCUCCUCCCAGCUGGGCGAUGUCAUGGACAGCAUUCGGAUGCUCACGGAAGCAGACAUCGUGGACGAGCUCGGAAUCGAGGGCGGCCGGGACGAACUCUCGAAAAUCCUCAUCGACGGUGCGCUCGCCAAGCAGCAAAUGAUCAAGAGCAACGUCCGGCUGGUGACGAGCAUCGCAAAGAAGUGGAUGCGGACGUCCGCCUCGUCCGUCCACAAAAACCGCAACGCCGACAACGAAAAGAAUCGCAAGGGGAGCAACAACCUCGGCGACUGGUCGACGCCCUCCCUGGACGAGGUCGUCCAGCAGGGAAUCGUUGGGCUGGCCAUUGCGGCGGAGCGCUUCGAACCAGAGCGAAAGUUCAAGUUCAGCACCUACGCCACMUACUACAUCACCAACGAGAUCCGACAGAUCAUGCAAUCCGCCACGACGCAGUGCCUCUACGUCCCGCCKUACUUUUACACCAUCAAGAACAAGUACGAAAAAAUCGUCAGGGACAACUACCGRGAAACCGCGGGAGACCCGGCCCGGUCCCUGGGCAUGGACGAAAUCGCGGCCCUUCUCAAGCUCAAGCGGACGAGGCUGGAGUUCAUCCUCAAGUCGACCCAGACCCUGGCCCAGCUCGAUGCCAGCCUCGAYACCUCCAACUACAACGCCGGAAAGGCCGGAUCGGGACCGGACRGUGAAAAGGUCGAGACCCUGGCGGACAUUCUCCCAGCGUAAGUCAAGUACUCGCGGCAUUUGUUUUCGGGGGAAGACMAACCCAUUUUUUGCUCASGAAACACAWUGGUAAAUUUACUGACCUAAUUUUCAUUUCWCGCGCUUUUGUUCUGAAWUKUCCUUGUUGUAGCGACGAUCCGAGCCCGGAAGAAAUCGUCGAGCGAUCCCUGCUGAGGCAGUGCCUCGAAAAUGCUCUCGCCGCCGAGCUCCUUCCGCUCGAGCGAGACAUUGUUCGGCUCCGGCACGGGCUGGACGAUGGAAAGUCGCGGACCCACAAGGAGGUCAUGGGCUCCUUUGGCGGCUUGCUCACGCUCAACGACAUUCGCACCGCGGAGACACGGGCGUACCGCAAGCUCCGCUUCAAGAGCUCGGUGCACAACGCGAGGCUGAGGGAGUUCGCGGCGGAAUUCAUCGGGGUGGCCCCCGAAAAGCUCAAGACGGUAUAAACGAGGUAGGAAGGAAACGGCCUUUCGCUAACGAUCGAUUGGGCACUAGUUCCGUUACCACAAAUAAUUCAGUCAACAAUAACAAUACGUUGUAACA